AUGGGGCGGUCAACCCUCUCAGCUGCAUCCCAGGCUCGCCGCGACGCCGUGAUUCGGGAAAUUAUCCAGUCAGGGCAGAACAUCGAUGCCGGUACCGUGGGUGGUAGGCUCGAUGAAGAGGUCGAGCCGGGAAUGUUAGCAGAGCUUGAAAAUCUUGGCCAUGACACUCUCUCUGCCGACGAGCUGCAUUGCAAGCUUGAUGCUACGCUCUGGCUCUAUUACUUUUCUAGCACUGGAGGUACUAUCCAGGAGUUUCACCGGAAGUACACCCAGCCACGCCCCGAUGGAACCACAUGCCCCGAGUACGAACCUUAUGCCGCUAGGGUUAGGGAGAAGAAAGAGGCGGCUGCGGCUGCGGCGCCCACCACAGAACAUGAUUCGGAGAACGGGAAGACAGCGAUGAAAAACAACGGGACUCCCGCGUUGCCGCCGCCGGUCGUCAGCAGGAUGGAUGACGCCAACCUCCAGAACACGUACAACCAGGCAGUAGCCAAAUGCUGGGUCGACGAGUCGCUCGGGGAGACCGGAUUGGACAAAGCCCGUCACUGGAACAUUGGCUGGUGGGCAUGGCACUCGGAGGCUAUUCAUGGCAACAAGCUCCGGACCAAGGGCCACACUGAGGCGGAGAAAAUCCUGCAGCUGUAUCUAGCGCGGGGCGUAGCGCUUCCAGUAAUCGACGAUGCGGUUGGACAAAUUCUUGCUCUUAACGGUAGCGCGUCCGGAAAUAUAAGCCAGACCCUCCACGACAUUGAGGCUUGGGUGGACGGCAAUCCGGAUCGACUUCUGCUGCCCUCGCACAUAGUGCGUCACCUGGCACUCAUCGCGUUGCUCCAAUUCGAGUUGGCACCCGAUGAGCGGGAAAAGAUCGAGGCUCGUUACAUCGAGACCGUCAAACCCGAAGUGGUCGAUGAAUUCUUGAACAGCUUGCCUGCAACUGCAAGGGCAGUUGUCAGCUCGCUCGAAGGCAACGGCUUACUCGGCUCGGUAAGCACCCGGGCCCAGCUGCUCUUCAGGAAGUGGUAUGCCCGGAAGCAAGAUAACGACAACGGUGGCGGUGGAGGCAGUCGCGAAGAUCAUUCGGGCGGUAGCCAACCCGAUGUUGCUGAUGGCCGAUGGGCUCUGUUGCCCAGCUCCGCGAAGUUCAACGGGAUUUUUAACACCGAAACGUUUGAAAACACGCGAAAUCCCACCGCCGAUCUCGUUGACCAUGGGAGCAUGGCUGAUUCAGGCAACACAACGAUGGGUGUAGCCAAUCCUGCGGCUGUCAUCGAGAUCCAGAAGCAAACGGCCGCCCCAUUCGCGAAUAACUCAAAGGCUCGUUCGAUGGAUCCGGAUCGCGUGAAGACGGCAUGGCACGUGUACGCGAAUGGUGAGCCCAUCGAGGAUGCUUUCUGGCAGACGCUUCUCGCUGGAUGCCCACCCUCGGAGAAGGAUAGUAAUCGACAAGAGUAUUACGCAUGGCAAGACGCGAACCGACUGGACCAGCUUAUUGCCCGUAUGGAGUUUGAUAUCAACCACCCAAAACUGUUCAUUGCAUCCAGGAUACUUCAGGCCUUUCUUUCGACGACUCCUGCUGCGGCCAAGCGAUUUGCCGGCCGAUUCGACUUUACGGACGGGCGGACCAUGGUGCGGACGGAAAAAGGAUACAUUGGGCUAGCGCCAGCAUGGGCUCUCGCUGGCGACCAUAUCGUAAUACUAAAGGGCGGAGCUGUGCCGUUUGUGCUGCGAUCUGCCCCUGACGGGUGCUGGCAGCUUGUGGGCGAGUGCUAUGUCCAUGGCAUCAUGAAUGGGGAAGCUUUCGACGCGAAACAGUGCACUGAUAUUGUUCUUUGCUGA